AUGCAAUAUCUGAAGUAAUUCAGGCAAACAUCUAUUGAGGACUAUGUGGAAUCUAACUCACCCAUGAAUCAGAAUAAUACUAGUGCUAAAAACUACAUCAAAAACUAUUAUUAAUAAUUCGGGGGAGCUAAAAAGAAAUCUGCUUCAACUAAUUAAGACAUAGAUUAAAGACAGUAAAAUCCUAGCUAAUUUUAGCAGCAUAUUAAGCAGCAGCUUAUUAGUAUGAAUAUAAACCUAUUCGAUUAGAAAGAGCAUAAUGCUGAAACUACCGACACAGAAUCUCGAGUUAAUAAAAAUGUAACAACUAUAGGAGGUGGAUAAAUAUCGAGUAAUCAAAAUGUGCUCAGUUAAAAUCUAAAAUAAAGGGCUUAAAAAAGGCAAAAUAAUUACAAUAAACUUAUUGAAGUUUUAUUAUGCCCCACAGAACGACUUAUUUCUUAGGCAGAUGAUUAAGGUUCAAAGUUAUCUCAAAAUAAAAGAAAAAAUCAUCAAACCAUUGAUACAGUAAAUGAUAAUAAACUAAAUGAGGUUUCACCAUAACAGAUGAUUUUACCUAAAUUGAUAAGUAAAAAUGGAAACUAAUACAAUGAAGGAGGUAAUUUGCAGUAAGUAAGAUCAAGUUCAAACAAUAACUAGGGAUAUACAUCAACUUAGGAAAGAGUAUCUACUCUAAAUCAUAAAGAAUCCUUUAUUAAUAUGCUUAGAACACUGGACCAUGACCAAAAUGACAACAAUCAAAUACUUUUAGGAAAUGCUACUUUGCAAACUAAUUAAACGUUGGAAUAGGAUUGA